AUGGCUUUCUGGAGACUGAACGAGCGGUCAUCAGGAAUAGCAGAGAUUGCUGGUCUGAUCUUGAAUAUGCCGAAGCACGACGCAAGUGGCGAUGCUGUCGAUUGGGGAGACAUGAUCUACCUUCAGGACUCAAAAACGACCAUCACCUGCGAUAACGGCCGCCGUCUACGGGUCUACGGAAGUCCCUAUUCUCCCAUCUAUGGCAACUGGGCCUUUCAGUACCCGCGGAGCGAGAAUGUCUGGAGCGAGAAGAUACCUGAUGAUAUCGACAUACUCAUAACGCAUGGACCGCUACGCGCGCACCUCGACUUGCUGAAAAUGGGCUGUGUACAUCUGUCGAAAGAGUUGUGGCGGGUUCGUCUACGAUUGCAUGUUUUUGGGCAUGUCCAUGAAGGCGCAGGAACAGAAUAA